AUGAAGCUCCUGCAGGAUCGUCAGCUCAGCAUGGCCGAGUGUCCGAAGCCCUUUGAGGACAUGGCCAACGGCAGCGCCAUCGCCAUCCUCCGCCUCAAGGGCAUGGAGUUCCCCGUCCUAGUAUGGCGGGGCAGGUCGUCGAUCCGCCUCUUCGUUGCCAGUGAAGAGUCGGAAAGCCUCUUGUCCAAGAUCAAGGUCCUUGCCAAGUCUCAGUGA